ACAUAUCCCAGAAUGCAUUACAAGCUAAUGGCUUUCCAGUAGCUCAGAGCAAACUUCACAGCCGCUAAUAGGGAGGUUUAACAAAAACGUACCACAGCCGCGACCAUCAUAUGAAUCAUUAGAAGUUUGUACAGUGAGCAUUUGACGUCGUUCGGAGAAAAUGGGUAACGGGAUAAAUAAGGUCCUGCCUGAUCUUUAUCUUGGGAAUUUUAGAGAUGCACGGGAUCGAGAGCAACUGGCUAAGCACAACAUCACGCAUAUCCUCUCCAUCCAUGACUCCGCCACGCCUAUACUGCAGGAGAUGACCUACCGCUGCAUAACCGCUGCAGACCUACCCACCCAGAACCUGACCCAGCAUUUUAAAGACAGCAUCGCAUUCAUCCACGAGUCCCGGCUGAAGAGGGAGGGCUGUCUCGUGCACUGCCUGGCAGGAGUGUCACGCAGCGUGACCUUGGUAGUGGCCUACAUCAUGACGGUGACGGACCUGGGCUGGCAGGAAGCAUUGGCGGCCGUACGAGCCGUGCGAUCCAGUGCCAACCCGAACUUGGGCUUCCAGCGGCAGCUAGCCGACUUUGAAAGCACACAGGCUGCCCAUUACCGACAGUGGCUGCGCGAAUGCUACAAGCAAAAUCCAUUCAACGACGCGGAGAAUAUCCGGCGACUGCUGUCCAAGGAGGCUGACACCGAGGAGGCCCCAUCCAGCAUUGGGACAUCCUGAAGUACGCAGUUCGGCGAACGGAGUCGGAGUCCGCGACUCCCGCGCGUCUCCCGGCGUCGUGGCGGACUUCACGUUUAUCACGGUUCCUGUGAGGCGGAGCGGAGGUGAUGGCUGGUCCCGUGGAAACAUCGUCUUCUCUGUGCAGUAAUCAGCUCUGGUUUCCUGGACGGGAAACGGUACUGCUCUGAAGAUGCUAGAUCGUCUAAACACCUACGUUUUAUACUUUUUUCUCACUUUUCAUUUGUACUCGAAUAAUCACACAUUACUAAGCCUUUCUAUUUUUUUACUCAUUGUUUUAAUGGCAGUGCAAGAAAGGUAUUUAAUAUAUGUAACAUAUUCCAGAACAGUCAUAUCAAAUGACCUCACCAAAUUAGCAUGCCAAAAAUAGCUUUUGUUUGAAUUGUAAACAUGGUGUAUUUUCAGUUCUCUUGUCAUUUACUUGACUGAAUUGCACUGGCUUUAGCAUAACAGAUGAAAACGAGAUUUUAAUGCACGAAUAAAUGAGAAUAUCUCUGAACAUACCCCUAAAAUCUAUCAAUUUCCAGUAGUCUAGAGUUACAUAGUGGACGUAUUUUUCCUUGUCCGGAACAAUAUAACAAUUUAAUAGCUUUGAGACCGUUUGUGUAACUGGAAACUAAUAUAAUUUUAACCACUUAGAUUCUAAGUCCCUGGAAACAAGCCAUCUGGAAAUCAAACCAACAAUAUCCCUGGUACGAAUUCAUUUCUUUGAUCUGGCGCACGAAGUGGAGUUCAUCUUGGGGAAAGAUGCUAGGCAACCUGCAGCUGUGACGAACCAGGGCCCAAGCAAACCAGAAGAAAACGCCGGUGUGCUGACGAGUUGAGCUAUACCUAUCGAUCGAGACGUGCUAUCGAGUCUUUCUGCGCAUGUGCAGUUCCACCGUUUUGGGAUUAGGGUUAGGUUUUAGGGGUUAGGGUUAGAGUUAGGGUAAGGGCUAUCGAUUAGCACUUCAGUAGCCUAACACGACAAAGUAGCUCAACUCGACAGAACACCGGGUUUUAAUGGAAAGCGCUGAAAAACAAAACUUCCUCAGACAGCCAAAGUUCCCUUUUCCGCACGAUGAAUAUAUACCACAUUAGUGAUAGCAGCAAACCUGGGAUUCUGGUAAGUUUUAUCUGAAAUGAUUCGUAUUGCCAUACGAAUUCUCCGUAUUAAUUUGUGUUAAUCGGCAUACGGAACACCGGCACCCUUGCAGCAUCUGCUGGUGCUUGCGUGAAAGUUCUCGACCUUUCGGUGUGCAGCUCCAUGCUAAUCAGCUCACUGGUGCUCUGGGGAACCAAGUGAAGGGGAUUUUUUCAGCCUAUGGAUUUAUGCACGCUUCAAGGUGUUCUUAUGAAACCAGACACGCUCGGGCGACCUUCGGUGAAAUAAUGCGUAUUCUCAUUUGGCAUCGCGCGUAUUGUUGCUGGACUUUUAAGUGAGAACCGAGGAAAAUGGUUAGAUUAAUAUUGUAAAGUACGGUGCUGGGUAUACUACCCUACCUUACCUUAUCGUUAGGAUAAUCUGUUUACCCACCACCUGUCACAACACUAGUAAUGAAUGUAGCAAUAUCAUUAUUUUGCACAAGUGGUUCAUUAUAAUUUUGUUUAUGUAGAACAAUCACAGUCCGCACCGACCGUAAUAUAAACAAGCAUAUCACCAAUGAAAAGGUAUGGGCACUAUGUUUGUGAACUAUGGGAAUAUAGCCCAGUUAGUGACUGGUCACAGUUGGGCAUUGGGCAAAAUAACUGGUCCGAAUUUAUAAAAAUAACGCGUCUUUUUCGGUGACUUGAACGUUGUACAACCGUCAUUUUAAGAUGAGUACUGGAUGGAAACAACAUAAAUAAAGAUAUUUCCCAAA